GUUCAAUGUUAAUCAAAGCUUUAAGAGUCAUAUACUAAUCCCACAAACCAAACCAAUGGAAAACAAAUUAGUCACCAUCACCAUUCUUACUCUCCUCUUCUUCACAACUCUCCUCCAACCUUCCCUCUCAGAGCUCUGUAACAAAAAUGACAAAAAAGUCCUCCUCCAAAUCAAGAAAGCUUUCAAUGACCCCUAUGUCCUCACCUCAUGGCAUGAAGACACCGACUGUUGCGAUUGGUACUGCGUCACGUGUGACACCAAAACGCACCGUAUCACCGCCUUAACAGUCAUUACUGGUUCUCUCGAGGGACCUAUCCCACCCCAAGUCGGAGACCUCCCUUACCUGGAGAACCUCGACCUCCACAAACAAGUUAACCUCACGGGUCCCAUUCCACCGGCCAUUGCUAAACUCAAACACCUCACGUUCCUCCGACUAAACUGGAACAGCCUCACCGGUUCGGUCCCAGAUUUCUUAAGCCAACUCACCAACCUCACUUUCCUCGACCUCUCUUUCAACAACCUCACCGGACCGAUCCCGGCCUCUCUCUCCAAACUACCCAACCUUGGGUCCCUCCGCCUGGACCGGAACAAACUAACUGGACCGAUCCCGGACUCGUUCGGAGAGUUUAAAGGAGAGAAUUUUUACUUGGUGUUGUCUCAUAACCAGCUCUCGGGUAAAAUACCAACCUCGCUGGGAAAAAAGAAGGACUUCAGUAAUAUAGACUUGUCAAGGAACAAGUUUGAAGGUGACUCGAAUGCGCUAUUCGGGUCGGACAAGACGAUUCAGUUUGUAGACCUCUCUAGGAAUUUGCUGGAGUUUGACAUGUCUAAGGUUGAGUUUCCCAAGAGCUUGGCCUCGUUGGAUCUUAAUCAUAAUAAGAUUACUGGGAGUCUCCCUGUGGGACUGACCGCACUCGAUAAUUUGCGGGGUUUCAACGUGAGUUAUAAUAGGUUGUGUGGGAAGAUUCCGGUGGGUGGGAAUUUGCAGAGCUUCGACGACACGUCGUAUUUCCAUAACCGUUGCUUAUGUGGUGCUCCGCUACAAAGUUGUAAAUAGUAAUUAAGGCAUGUAUAAAUUGAUUGGUUGUUUUAAAAACAACAAUGCCUGCCAAUUUCUUGUUUCUGAUUGAAUAGGAGUGUCAUCAUAUAUGAUCAUAAUAUAUAUAAGUGCUGUUACGUUAAAUUUCUGAUCUUGAGAGUAACUCUUUUCGGUUACAUAUUAUUAAGCUCGUAAAGCGAAUUGUAAUGGAUGACAAUAUGUAUGACAUUCUUAUUUGUUUUA